GCGCGGCGCCGCCCCCGGAAGCGCCGGAGAGGCAUAAACAAGGCCGUGGGAGGCGGCGGCGGCGCGUCCAUCUUGGCGGAGCCGCAGCCCGUUCUGCCCGCGCCAUGGGCGGCGUCCUGGGCCUCUGCUCCGUGGCGAGCUGGAUACCAUGUCUGUGUGGAAGCGCCCCGUGCCUGCUCUGCCGCUGCUGCCCCAGUGGAAACAACUCCACCAUAACCAGGCUGAUUUAUGCUGCCUUUCUACUCCUUGGAGUGAGCGUUGCCUGCGUGAUGUUAGUACCAGGCAUGGAAGAGCAGCUGAAAAAGAUUCCUGGGUUUUGUGAUGGAGGGCUGGGCACCAGCAUCCCCGGCGUGCACGGGCGCGUGAACUGCGACGUCUUGGUGGGUUACAAGGCCGUGUACCGCGUGUGCUUYGGCAUGGCCAUGUUCUUCCUUCUCUUCUCCCUGCUGAUGAUCAAAGUGAAGAGCAGCAAUGACCCACGAGCAGCCGUGCACAACGGAUUCUGGUUCUUCAAAUUUGCCACAGCCUUAGCAAUUAGUGUUGGAGCCUUCUUCAUCCCGGAGGGACCUUUUACUACUGUGUGGUUUUACGUAGGCAUGGCUGGAGCCUUCUGCUUUAUUCUUAUUCAGCUGGUCUUGCUCAUUGACUUUGCCCACUCUUGGAAUGAAUCUUGGGUGGAAAAAAUGGAGGAAGGAAACUCAAGGUGCUGGUAUGCAGCCCUGCUGUCAGCUACAGCUGCCAAUUACCUGCUGUCUCUCGUGGCAGUUGUGCUGUUCUAUGUUUAUUACACUCACCCCGAAGGCUGCUCUGAAAACAAGGCGUUCAUCAGUGUCAAUAUGCUGCUCUGCAUUGGUGCCUCUGUAAUGUCCAUCCUGCCAAGGAUUCAGGAAUCUCAGCCAAGAUCUGGUUUGCUGCAGUCUUCUGUGAUCACAAUUUAUACAAUGUAUUUGACUUGGUCAGCUAUGACCAAUGAACCAGAUCGGCGCUGCAACCCCAGCCUGCUGAGCAUCAUCGGCUACAACAGCACCGCGCCGCCCGCCCCGGGCCACGUGGUUCACUGGUGGGAUGCCCAAGGAAUUGUGGGGCUCAUCCUGUUCCUCUUGUGCGUGCUCUAUUCAAGCAUCCGCACGUCCAACAACAGCCAGGUCAACAAGCUGAUGCUGACGAGCGACGAGUCCACCCUGAUAGAGGACGGCGCCGCGCGCAGCGACGGCUCCCUCGACGGCGACGACGACGUGCACCGGGCCGUCGACAACGAGAGGGACGGAGUUACCUACAACUACUCCUUCUUCCACUUCAUGCUCUUCCUGGCCUCGCUCUACAUCAUGAUGACCCUCACCAACUGGUACAGUCCUGAUUCUUCCUACGAGACCAUGACGAGCAAGUGGCCGUCGGUGUGGGUGAAGAUCUCCUCSAGCUGGAUCGGCCUCGUGCUCUACGUGUGGACUCUGGUGGCCCCGCUGGUUCUCACCAACCGCGACUUCGACUAGGCUGCGCUGCUGCCCGCCGCGGCCGCCCUGCGUCCGAAUGAACAGUGUUCAGACUAUCGUGUUGGUGUAAAUACGUGCGUGUGUGUGUGCUGUUCACGUAGCACCCCUGCAUUGCUCUGCAUGGUUACCUCCAAUCACGUGUUUCUCUGCAUUGCCCUAAACGACUUCCUGCUGAGCUCAGUGACACUUGCUGUGCUGCUGGCUUGUGUAGAUUUCCUCCUAGAUUCUGCCCUUCAGGAGCGCCGGACACAAGCUCAAGACUUGGGAAUGAGCUUCCCUUCCCCACUCCCGGUGGUAUUAGUACUAAAAUGAGGCCACCCCACUCACUGCGAGGGUUAAUCAGGGAAUGCAACAAAGUGCUGCCAGCCAAGGAGGAGCAGCCCUUGGUGCUCCCCCUUGGUAAUCCCUGGUCUCGGAGCGGUGGAUGGGCAGGGCUCAGGCUCCUGCUCAGCUGCCCAUGCUGCCGAGCUCAGGGCUGCUCUGGCAGCUGGAAACACGACCCCUCUGCGUGUCGUGGGCAGCCCAGCCCUCGCUGCAGCUGCUGAGUGGGGAAGGGGCCCGGGAAGGCGCAGGGAAGCCCAUGUCCUGCCYGCAGCUGUGGGGCCUGCGCUGCCCUCACACACAGGACGCCCUGGCAAGGCAGUGGCUCCCAGUGUUGUGGUCAGACGCGUGUCUUGAAGGCAYCUGUUUACAAAUGAACCUAUGCCCUUCUUUUCUUAGUAACUUAGGUAGGAGAACUCUGCUGUAAUUUAUUGCUGCUUGCUGUGCCAUUUUUUUUCCUUGGUUAACUUAAACUCAUAAAGGUUGGGAGGAGGCGGGUGGUGAAACCUGCAGGCCCUUCAGAGGGAGCUUUGGGGUAUUAUGUUUAAAAAACAAACCACAGAGGAAGAGAAGCACCCAGACCGCAGCAAAUAAAGGAGGCUGCGUUAUUUAAGACAUUAACAAGAGUGUUUCUUACUGUAGUUGAGGGCUCUAACACUUGCUGUGUUCUAAUGUAUUAGAUAGUUUGCCCAUGGUCCCUGGCACGUCCAUUGUCAGAGACUGACUUGGGCCUAGGAAGUCUACUUCUAGGCAUGAAAUACACUAGAUCUUUUUUUUUUGUUUUUUAAGCAACAAAGACUGUAGAAUUUUGUGUAAUUAUAAAAUCUUCAGUGCUUUUGUGCUCGCUGCUUCAUAACUGAAGUACCUAACGCUGCAUUAUUUAUAUAUUUCUGUUACUUGUUCUAUCUCGAGACUUUAGCAGUCUGAUUGGGAGUGACCCGAGAGCCUUUAGCAGUUGUCGUUGUCAUUAUCAUUAUAUUACUGUGGUGUUUAUACUGUUACUUCAUGUUACUGCUCCUAUAAGCUUUUAUUUGAAAUAUGCUUCUA